GAAACCUUUAAAGCUGAAUAGCAUUGGACAAUGAAUUGGGUAGCCUUGAGGAGAGGAAAUUUCCCUCUAACAAGAAAUCUUCAUAACAGUGCUAUCUCCUUUGCUAAAGCAAAUGUAAAGAAAAAGCCUUUAGGAGGAAAAACCAAGGCCAAGCAAGGUUUCAAAACCAAAAAUGCCAGUGACUCCAAGGUGAAGAAGAGUGGUACCACCCAUUUAGUAUUCAAAGAUGCCGUAAGAAGAUUAGGAUACGAAAAAUAUGCCCCAGUGUUCACUGCCAAUGAGUUGGCUCACAAAGAUCUUGAUACUCGGGUCGGAGAAAUCGUCAAGUAUAAAAGAAGUACCGAGUCUAAAUUAAGGCUACUUGGUUCAUUCAAGAAAUACCAACAUCAUGAACUUUUCAGAAAUCCGGUGCUGCUUAUAAGUGAAAACUUGAUACAAAUCAACAACAGGUUUGUCGAAAAAUUCGACGAUGGUUCCGCCAACAACCGUACCAUUUUAAUGGGAGACUAUAAAGUUGGUAAGUCGACAUUAAUAUCCCAAACUCAGAGUUUGGUGGACGAUAAAUAUAAUGGAGAAGUGGUACUUUUACAUUUCGAUUAUCCCGAAAGAACCAAAGAAGGUACAAGUGACUACUUGUUCAAUAAAAGAAGAGAAAUCUACCAACAACCAAUGUUCACAAAACGGUGGAUCAUGAAGACUAGACAAGCCAACAAAGAUAUAUUCCUGAAGAUGUUGUUAUCCAAGGAUGUCACGUUUGUCACCAGGAAAGUCGAGUUCAAAUAUGAAGCUGGAAAGAAUACUUUGUAUGAGUAUUUGAAGAACUGUCAUGAUUUUGGUAAGACCGAGAGUAAUAAUGCUUUUGAGUUUUUUAUUUCUGAAUUGAAGCACCACUCAGCUACUUAUCCAGUGUUGUUAAGUAUUGAUAACUUCAAUGCCUUGACUACUUCUCCUUUCACCAAAUACAAACAUCCGGAUUUCAAGCCUAUUCACUUCAAAGAGUUUGAAGUUGGCAAGUUUUUCUUGGAUUAUGCCAGUGGAAGUGAAAAUUUUACCAAAGGAGGAGUCUUAUUAGGUGAAUCUUGUGAUAGUGGUAAACACGAUAACUUAUCUAUAGCAUUGGGAUUGACUGCUUAUGAUCCUUAUCGUGCAAGCAGCUUGGAUACCAACUUGAUUGAAAGGUUAAUGAGCAAUGGUGGUAUCAGUGUGUUCGAUGUUCAACAAUUACCCAAAUCUCAAAUUAGAUCCUUAUGUGAAUUCUACCACGAAAAUGGUGUGUUAUUCAUGAGAGAUUACAUUUACAAAGAUGAUGAUCGUGAAGUUGACUUGAGCUUGGAACAGAUAGCCGAUUUAAACUACACCAAAUCAGGAGGAAACCCAGGUCUCUUAUUGAAGCAUGUAACCAUGAGCUUUUAGAACGAUUUUGUAAAGAAAAACUUGUAUAUAAUUAGUAAUUAACUUCUUUUUCAUUAUCUAUACACUUCGUGGCUCUUGAAAAGUUGAUCUAUGUAAAUAAUGUGUCCUCUUCUCUUAAGUACUCUCCAAUAUCAGAUUGUCUGAAUGCAACAAUUCCAGUAGGCACCAAGUUUCUGGUUUCAGCAGUUGAUUUAGCACUAACCCCAAAACCUAAAGGAAUGUCGUGCAUCGAAAAUACAACUACUCCAGCAUGUUCUGGUAUGUCUUCGGACAUUCUUCCUAUGUGAGCCUUCAAGAUAUGGUUUCCAUAUAAAAAUGGCAUUUCACCAUUGGGUUUUAUCCACACUUUGUACUUGGCAUAUUGGGCCAAAUAUGAUAAACUGGUGAUAUGUAACUUAAACUUUCCAGUCUUUGUGAACUUUCCGAAACACACUCCGAGAGACAUAAGCUGCUUUCUCGAAACGGAUGUAGCAAAGUUAGCUAUUUGUUCAGAUACAUAGUAGACUCUGUCUUUUUGAAGUCUGAACACAUGAGGAGCAGUUGGAUUAUCCACUAAAAAAGAGAUGUUUCUUCCAAUAUAGUUUGCAAGCUUCUCAAAAACCACCUUGGUCUCUUCCUCUGUUAAAGGUCUCAUUGGUGAUCUAUGUUUAUUGGAGUUUUAUAUGGUUGAUGCAAUAUAUUCAAU